AUUCACUGGUCUGUUCUCAGCGUUUCAUCUUAGUUUUACAACAAUACACGUGAAGAUUUGAUGCUUUUGUCCCUGUGCACGUGUUGUGUGUGUGUUGUGUUCUGUGGGUUUGUAAUCUGUAUAAUCUGAUUAUGUGGAGAGUUAAACUCAACGGGAGCUCAGUGUUUCACACACACGGGAUCUGUUCUCUGGUAAAAUGGCCUCAGCAAAAGAUGAUUUAUACCCAAGAAAGAUUCUGGACUAUAUGGAGGGGUUCUUGGUGUCAAAGACUCUGUUUGCUGCAUGUGAGCUGGGUGUGUUUGAGCAGCUGCACGCGUCUGCGCAGCCGCUGUCUGCAGUCGAACUGUCGCGAGCUCUGGGCACGAGUGAAGAUGCCACUGAGAGACUUCUGUGCGCGUGCGUGGGUCUCGAGCUUCUCAACACACACACAAACACGGACGGUGAAGUUUUGUUCAGUAAUACAGACAUGUCGACAGUGUUUCUAAUCGAGUCCAGUCCAAAGUCUCUAUAUCACUCAAUUCAGUACAGUUCCAGAACCAUCUACCUGUGCUGGCAUCACCUGACCGACGCCGUCCGAGAAGGAAAGAAUCAGUAUGAGAAAGCGUUCGGAAUAAACUCCAAAGACCUGUUUGAAGCAUUAUACAGGUCUGAUGAGGAGAUUGUGAAGUUCAUGCAUCUGAUGAACUCUAUUUGGAACAUCUGUGGCCAUGAUGUCAUCACGGCGUUUGACCUUUCACCCUUCAGAAGCAUCUUUGACCUUGGAGGAUGCAGCGGCGCUCUGGCCAAAAACUGUGUGUCCGUCUAUCCUGAAUCCUCCGUCACCAUCUUUGACCUUCCAAAGGUCGUGAAGACCUCACGAGAGCACUUUGUGUCACAGCGAGACGUCAGGAUUCACUUCCAUGAAGGAGAUUUUUUUAAAGAUGCUCUUCCACCGGCGGAUCUUUACAUUCUCGCUCGGAUUCUGCACGACUGGACAGACCAGCGCUGUGUGGAGCUGCUGAGGAAAGUUUACACGUCCUGCACACCAGGUGGAGGUGUGUUACUGGUUGAAGCUCUUCUUCAUGAAGAUAACAGCGGUCCGCUCACCGUUCAGCUUUAUUCACUCAACAUGUUGGUUCAGACUGAAGGUCGAGAGCGGAAGGGUUCAGAAUACAGUGGUCUGCUCACGGCUGCGGGCUUCACCUGCGUCCACAUCCACAGGACCGGAAAGAUCUAUGAUGUCAUCCUCGCCCUAAAAUAAACACCAACAUCAGAUGAUCGCAGCCACUCAAACCAUGACUGUAAAAAAUCAGGAUUCAGGAUUCUUUACAGCAACAUGAAAUGAAAAUAUUUGUCUCAUUGUGAACACACAACAAUCUCAGUAAUCUUUCAGUGAAACUAUCUGACACCUGAAAUCAUGUUUUCAGCUGAGAAAUAAGCAUAUAAACUUUUGUUAAAUUACUUAAUUCCCAUACAGAAACAACUUCAUUCAAACGUGCGUUACUUUCAAAGUGAAAAUAAAUAAUCAUACUUUCAAUUGACAGUUUUAUGUUCUUCUCAGUGCUCUUAUUACUGUCAAACUUAGUUUGUUUUAAAAAAGACACGGGCCAGUAAUAUAGUGUGUUGUAACUACUGCUAGUACUUAAAAUAUACUUAAUAACUACUGUUUAAGUACUGUAUACUUAUUAGUGUUGUUUCUCUCGUAUGAUCAUGAGAUUAAAAAGACAGAAUUAAUGUUU